AUGAACGAGAAUGAAGCUGAAGACGAGCACACGGAUGGAGUCAAUGGUGAUGAUGAUAACAUGGAGCAAAGUGAUGUUGACGAUGAUAACACGGAGAAAACUGACGGUGACGAUGAUACCAUGGAGGAAAGUGAUGUUGACAAUGAUGACAAAGAUGAACAUUUCAAUGAAAACGCUAAAAAUGACAAUGCUGUUACAGAUUCCAAUGAACAACAAACGUCUGGUGUUGACAAUGAUAGAGAUGAUGAUAGCACUCCUUCUUAUGAUACUGUUGUAGGAGGAAGUGGAGAAAUCAAUAAUGUUGAUAUGGAGGAUAGUUUCUCAUUGAAUGAAAUAUUUGGCACCCCGGUUUGUGAUGAAGUAAUCACCACUGAAGGUGCAAAAGAAAAUAUAGAAUUAUAUGUCUGUUCUGGUGAUGGGUCUGAAAGUUCAGUAGAAAUACUGGAUACAAAUAGUGGUGGUGAUGUUAUGAAUGAUGAGGGUAAAUUUAUUAGUGCUAAAGAAGCUCGAAAACUUAAUAAAGAAAGAGCAAAAGCUGGAUAG